CGUUACUCUAGCGUGUAAAUUAGGGCGGCUGCCAAGUUAUUCCGAUUUUCACCGGUUUUGCCAUGAAUGUCGGAAAGUGUCCAAACCAACCGAAAAGGCCUCUAAGCGCUUUCUUCGUUUUCAUGGAGGAUUUCCGGAAGACUUUUAAUGAGCGAAAUCCGUUCAGUAAAUCAUCUGCAGUAGUUGUCUCUCGAGCCGGGGGUGAAGAGUGGAGGAAUAUGUCCGCCGCCGAUAAAGCUCCUUACUUACUCAAGGCUGUUAAACUUGAGGCCGAGUACGGCAAGAACAUGCAGGCCUUUUAUAGUAAGGUGCGCGAUUAUCAUAGAAAGCUGCUCGAUAAUAGAUAUGCUGAACAGGAACCUAAUAAAACCCCCAAAACUCUUUCUCAAAAGAGCGAUGAUGGAGGAGAAACUGAAGAAAGAAGAAAGCACUCUGGUGGAAAUGCUGAAACAUUUCCGGUAGAAAAAGUUACAGGUCAUGUGAAUAUGUUCAGCACAGCAGACCUUGUUGUCCGUUCAAAGAAAAUUCUCAGUCCUGAUAAAGGGAAGCCUGGGCAAGCCUCUGAUCCUCACUCUACUAUAGCUUCCGGGAUCCCUAAAACUGUGUUGUUGCCUGAUGCCUCUUCCUCGGUAAAUAAUUCUAAGAGCCUUCCACCUUCAUCAGCCUGUCCACCAUGCCAUGGACAGAACAAAAGAAACUCACCUUCUUCUCCUAUUGCCUUGUGUGUAACAAAGAAGCCCCGAGUGAACUUGGGCAAUGAACAUAACAUUUCAUUAACAACGAGUACCAUCAAAACUGAAGAAGUCUCAGAGGACACUUAUCCUCCGUUUGAUAUGGAAAUACUGGAGAGUGUAUUUUCAGAGAAACUGUGCGAAUCUGUGAUGAUAUAUGCCUUCAAGUGUGUUUUGUGUGUCCUUGAAUUGAAAAAUUAUGCCAACACUUCUGCAAGCGAUGAUCUGAGUGCUUCUAGGAACAGGUUUGAUGUUCUGACUUCCCG